AUGCCUUUAAUCUUAAAUUGUUUACAUAGUACACAUUCUUUGUUGCUAUCAUCAUUUAUUUCAAUUCUAAUUCUUCUUACCGACUGUCUACUACAGUUAACUGCUGCAAACCAUCAAAGGUUUCAAAAUGGCCCCCAGAAGUAUGCAAUCAUCACAACCGGUGGAGCACCUAAACCAUAUUUUUCACAGAAGUUGAACAAAGACCUAUAUGAUGCAGAUUAUUCGCGUAAAGUCAAUGUUAAAGUAAGUGAUAUUUUAACGAGACAAGCUGCAGCUGCAGCCUUUUCAUCUUCUCCAACGCCUGUAACUUCAAAUUCUGUAAACAAAGCAUACAAUAAAGUUAGUGGAAAACCUGAAAGCCUUGAGCAUCCACUGAGAACAAAUUUAGAAUCACGGUCUGAUGGAGCUGGUUCAAGUUUGGAUCACUUUACAAACAAUCAGAGAGCCCAGAUUGUGGUCAAGCCUUCUGAAAAUAUUGACAAGAAUUCUUUACUUUUACCAUCCAAAGCUUCUCAACAUUCAAUUGUCAACGAAGAUCGUUCAUGGCCACCUGAAUAUUCGCAUGAAUUUGAAAGAGUUGAUGUACGUGUCUUAGGUGAACGAAUUGAUAGUAAGGCACUUCUUCACUUACGCCCAAGUUCCACUGCUGCAUCGAUACGCAAGUUACGUCGAAUCCUUGGUGCUGAUUUACAAAGUGACUGGAUGUCAAUAGAAACUCCACCAAAUUCCCUUAGUUCAUCUAUCAAAAGUACACGCUCUACACUAUCACCCAAUAUUCCUAAGCCUGAUAAUCACUUAGUAACUGCUGUAGAAGAGCUAAAUUUCACAGUAUUUCGCUCGGUGAAUGAUGAUGGAUUAAUUUACCCAAUCAAAAUGACUAUUGAUCAAGUAAAUAUUAUGAAAAUGUGGUUAUUACAGCGAGCUACAUGUGGAAUGGAAUACAUAUGGGAAGAUUUGGGACCAUUAUUUUGGCCUAGAUGGAUUAGAAGGGGAGUUUGUGUGAAUACUCAUUCGUGUUCUUGGCCACCUGGCAUGCGUUGUCGUUCAAGCGGUUCACGAGCACUGAAGUUAUUGCGAUGGGUAAGGAGAACUUGUAAAGUCUUGACGAUAUUUCAUUUUAUCACUCAUUCUUCAACAGUUAGGAAGAAAUACUGUCGGUAG